UCGAGCCUCUGGCCAAAGGUUCUGUUGCCUCAUUCAGCUUGGAUGUGUUCAUUUGCUCUCUGCGUUGGCUGGAGUUUACACAUACUCUGGUUUUACAAAAGAGAACAUGUCCAAGCCGGUGCUGAUCUCCAUUCUUCUGCUGUUCCUUUGCUUGGAGUGGAGCAGUUCUUAUUGUCCAUACCAAUGCCAGUGCUUCAGCCCAGUUCAGGUGCUGUGUGCAGAACGAUUGUCAUCUCUACCACGAAACAUCUCCCACGAAGCUCGAGAACUCAUCCUGAUGACCUCCUCUGUGAGCUACCUUUUCAGCAACACUUUGGAAGACAGCCCCCAACUCACCAAGCUCAUUUUCCUGAACAAUGGCAUCCGUAGCAUCCACAUGCACUCCUUCAAUCAUCUCACCCAGCUGGAGGAGUUGGAGAUCAGCGGGAAUCCUUGGCUGGAGCAUUUGUACCUGGGGACCUUUUCUAACCAGCACAACUUGACUAAGCUAAUUCUAAACUACAACCGCUUCAAGACGGUGCUGCCGGGGAUGUUUGCAUCCCUCAGAAAACUGGAAACUUUGGAAAUGAAAGGUAACAUUAUCUCACGUCUUCCGCUGUUGCUUUUCUCAAACUUGAACCAUCUCAGAGUCUUGGAUCUGUCUCUGAAUAAAUUAGAAGAUGUUACACAGGAGACGUUUCUUGGUUUGGGCCAGCUGGAAAUUCUAAAACUGAAACAUAACUUGCUGAAAAAUCUUUCUUCUGACUUGUUCAACGCCAUUCCUGAAUUGAAAGAGUUUCACUUGGAAGGAAAUAAGAUCUCUGAGCUGAGCGAAAACGUGUUUAUGAAUUUAACCAACCUGAAAGUGUUGAAUCUUAGGGGAAACUUUCUAAAAACAUUUACUGGUCACAUUUUUGGAAUUUCAACUUUAAAUUUGCAAGAACUGAAACUAAAAGGCAACAAUCUUAGUGAUUUUUUUCCACUGGGAAACUUUACAUCUCUUACCAACCUCGACUUGUCUUCAAAUCACCUGUCCACUCUUCACAAAGACGUUUUUCAGAAUAUGACAAACCUGGACAUUUUGGACUUAUCCGAUAACCAGAUCUUCAUUUUGCCUGAGACUAUUUUCAAUGAUCUUUUCAGCCUCAGAGUGUUAAAUUUACAAGCUAAUAAUUUAAGUGUGAUUGAACCCAAACUAUUCGAAGACCAAGCGUUAAUCGAGCAACUUAACCUGUCCUUCAACCGUCUGAAGACUCUACCAGAAGGACUGAUGGACACCUUUUCAGUGCACUACAUGUUACGACUCCACGGAAACCCUUGGAAAUGUGACUGCGGGCUGUGGUACCUUCACGACUGGGUUUUGAGGAACGAGCAGAGCGUUGAGAUGAUUGACAGGACACUAUGCGACAGCCCGGCGUUUCUGAACAGAAGAUCGCUGGACUCUGUCGAGAAGGAGCAGCUCGUUUGUCACAUGGGCAAAGAAAACGCCGUCGAUGUGAGGAACUGUCUGCUGCAGGUGUCCGGUGACGCGGUGAUAAUCAAGUGUAAAGUGGAGACGUGUUUGCCGAUAACGGUGAAGGUCGAGCUCCAAGACGAACAGGGGAAUGUGAAAGAGCACGUGGUCAGGAAUGAAUGGACUCACAGCGCCAAGUGCAGCAAUAUGUCUUUAGAAUAGAUUUUACUUUUGAUGUUGGGAGAAUAAUUAUUGUUAAAUGACCAGCGUUAAGGCAACCAAACAUGAGAGUGUUCUGAAGACUUACUGGUUCAUCUUUUAUAGAUGUUGACUGUCGUUGUUAUGUGUGAACUUCAAAUCGGAUAGCAAAGGAGAAAUUCAGUUUGUCGACCGGACAAAAGUUAGUUUGGUCAAAUGUCCAGUCCAGACAACAAACUGAAUUUCUCCUUUGCCAUGGUACCUGGACGACUGAGGGAUUUUUCACACUUCAAAUCAACUAAUUAUC